GGACGCACUGAGGAGCAGCUCUGCUUCUUCUUCUUCUUCUUCUUCUUCUUCUUUCUUUUUUGUUGUUGUAUCGCUUGUACCGCUUGCAGCCGCACCGCUGUUGUCACUUCAGGGGGUUCUUCUUCUUUUUUUUAAUUUGCAACAUGGGCUCCGUGCUACCCGCCGACUCUUUGGCUCUCAAGUCUGGAUUUAAGUGUCCGAGCCGCUCGCUGUCAGACGUGAUCACCUCGGACAUCCUGCACAGCUUCUUGUACGGCAGGUGGAGGAACGUGCUGGGCGAACACCUGGCGGAGGAGCGGCAGAGCGGCAGCCCCAAGACCGCCUUCACCGCCGAGGUGCUGGCGCAGUCCUUCGUCGGAGAGGUGCAGAAGCUGUCCAGCCUGGUGCUGCCCAGUGAAGUGAUCAUCGCUCAGAGCUCGAUCCCCGGAGAAGGUCUGGGCAUCUUCUCGAAGACCUGGAUCAAAGCAGGAACUGAGAUGGGCCCUUUCACAGGGAGAGUCCUGUCCCCGGAACACGUGGACCUGCUCAAGAACAACAACCUCAUGUGGGAGGUGUUCAAUGACGACGGCACGGUGCGCUACUUCAUCGAUGCCAGCCAGGAGGACCAACGCAGCUGGAUGACUUACAUAAAGUGCGCCCGGAAUGAACAAGAGCAGAACCUGGAGGUGGUGCAGAUCGGCAGCAGCAUAUUCUACAAGGCGUCGGAGACUAUCCCGCCAGACCAGGAGCUUCUUGUCUGGUAUGGAAACACUCAGAACACGUUCCUGGGAAUCCCCGGAGUUCCGGGAAUAGAUGAAGAACAACUGAAGAAAACUAGGAAUGAGGACUCUCACUCCUGCGAGGGCCCUUCCUCUGGCUCCCCACCCGCCUGCACAACCACAGCCAGUCGGAUGCGCUGCGUCAUCUGCCACCGCGGCUUCAACUCCCGCAGCAACCUGCGCUCCCACAUGCGCAUCCACACCCUGGACAAGCCCUUCGUCUGCCGCUUCUGCAACCGCCGCUUCAGCCAGUCGUCCACGCUCCGAAACCACGUCCGACUGCACACCGGGGAGCGGCCCUACAAGUGUCACGUCUGUCAGAGCGCCUACUCCCAGCUGGCGGGCCUGAGGGCGCACCAGAAGAGCGCGCGGCACAAACCCGCGGCGCACGCCGCCGAAAUGUUAUCCAAAGUGUCCCCUCCUCCCCCACAGAUGACGGCCAUGCCCCACCAGCACCAGAUGCCCCUGGCGCACCACAUCCCCACCAUGGUGCUAUGAUGACAGGCAGACGGAGGGACAGUCACGCAGAACAACGUUGCACUUUAGGUUACAGCUGUAGGGGAGAAGUAAAGGAGAUCCUGAUGGGACAGGCCUCCACUAAGGGAAUACAGGAGUUGAUGUGAUAGCAAAGCGUCUCACAGACUUUUGAAUAUGUUGCCUUAUUUGUAUUGCUUGUAUUUUUUGGCUAUCAUGCGAUCAGAAUUCCAGCAGAAAGAUGUUUUAAUGUUUGUCUUUGGAAAGCUGAAAUGUGCUGAAAAACAACUCUGAAGAUUUUACAAAAAAAGUUUGUUAUUCUCGUGUAAUCUUUAAACCUGUGUCAUACAUCACUACAAAUGUGGGAGAAAAACCCCCGAUAUUUUCCACAUUUUUAAACUGAUUAUUUUGCAUCACAUCCUCACCAGCUCAGGUGAAAACAGUCAAAUAUUUGUCGAGUAAGUGGACACUAAGGGACGUGGCCACCAGUGUACAUUGUUUCAGCUGCAUCCUCACUGUAAACUGAAAUUGUCACUUUAAUCUUGCACAGACUGUAUACUAUACUGUUGUGUAAAUGUAAAAUUGUAUUGUAUUGCUAUACUGUACAUGUGAAUGUAAAUACA